UUCUGGAUUGGUGCCUCAUCUAGAUGGUCCAAUGUCCUUAAAUGGCCAGGAGCGGAUUGACCAGAGCCCAGUUAAUGAAAAAGAAGGUGGACUAACUGGCAGUAUUCCUAUCCAACGUCCCCCUAGAGCACCAAACACUACCAAACCUGGGAUGUUCAUAGGUUUAGGCAGGACUGCUACGACACAAUCGAAAGGUGAAGGUUCUUCAUUGGUACUGUAUGCACAGGAUCCAGCAUUCUUAAAUGGCCAAAGCCCGGUUAAUGACACAGACAGUGGACUCAAUUGCAGUCUUCCUUUUCAGCGUUUCCCUAGAGCACCAAAUAAUACCAACCCUGAGAAGCUCGUCGAUUUAGGCAAGGAAGCUACAACACCAUUGGUUAACUCUGAUACAAAACGUACUUCAGAAGGAGAGUUAAAUGUUGAUCCACCACCUAUAGGUGGUGAUAACGAGACUGCUGGAAAGACUACUGCAAAAAGAAAACGCUGGGACUGUGACCUUUGCUGCGUGAUGACCAAUGCUGAAAGUGUUCUUCAGGCACAUUUGAAAGGAAAAAAACAUUUGGCAAAACUAAAGGCAUCAAGUGAAACUGCUAAACCACCGACCUCUGGCGAAGACCAUGGGAAAAGCAUACAAGAGGACAAUCUACAUAAAUGAAAUGACCAUUGGUUUCGACAAAAAUAGUGUAAGUGUUUGUCGUUCAUAUUAUCAAUAUUUAGACCCUUUUGUGUUUCACAAUAGUGGCGGUUACUCCUCAUUUACAUGUCAAAUUUUUAUGGCUGAAAAGAAACCAAACUUUGUCUGAUUCUUCAUUUUUCAGUUUUAAUAAA